AUGAUUCAAAAAAAUUUAGUGAAGCUGUUAAAAGGCAGUUUGAACAAAAACAAAGACACGGAUGAUGAUUCAUGGAACACUCAACGAUAUGGAAAAAUUCUCUGCUACGAGACAUUGCCUUGUUCUUCAAGCCCUCUCUGCAUUGACUGGCGUGAGAUUUGUGACGGUAUACAAAGAUGUUCAAAUGGUGUCGCUGAAGAAAAUUGUGACAAAUUAGAAUUCAACGAGUGUGACGAUGAUGAAUUUCGAUGUGAAAAUGGAAUGUGCAUCUCACAAGAAUUCUGGUUGGAUGGUGAUUUCGAUUGUAUGGAUAGAACCGACGAAUACUUUGUUGACCGUGGAACAACCUGUCCGUUUCAAGCUAAUGCGAUGGAAUGUGAUGAAAAUGUAUGUUCAAAUGACUUAUACUCAUGCGGUGAUGGGCAGUGCGUAGCAUGGGAAACUCGAAUGGCAUUUCAACGAUUGGGCAAAGCACAAAAAGACUGUUUUAAUAAACGUAAUAUAAAUUAUAUGUGCGAGUUGAGCCAACAUCGACCAACUUGGACAAACGAAAAUGGACUAUGUUGGCCAGAUAAAAAUUAUGAUGAUCCUCGAUAUCCUCCUUGGAAUAUGAUUAAAGCAUCAAAUCUUACCAUAGACGAAAUAUGCCAGUAUCUCUUUCGAUGUGCUUUGACGAAAGGAUUUGAGCAUGAUUGUCCAUGUAAUCAUCAAAAUUGUACACUAAUGAUGGUGAAUGCUUUGCUUCCAAUUAUGGAUAUAAAAACUUUACAUCUUCUCAUCAAAAUGACCGAUUCUGUUGGAAUGACUCACAAACAUUUAAUGGUCGCCCAUACACUGUUUAUACCGACAUAUGUACUGAGGGAGGAGUGUAUAUCAAAUUAUAGAAUACGUGAUGGAGAUUUUAAUUGCAUGGAUGGUGACGAUGAGCUGAGACAACUUGACAAGACUUAUUGUACGGGUAAUGUAGGACGACAUCGUUUUCAGUGUUUUAAUAAUGAACAUAAAUGUCUUCCAUUACAAAAGUUGGGCUCAGGCAUGAGUGACUGCUCGAAUGGUUAUGAUGAAAGUUGGUUCGGUAUUGGUACUACUCUUCGAUAUCAGCUUCCAUGUUUUAAACGGAUCACCACUGAUUGUCCUCAUGUGAUGGAAUACAUUCAUCAAUCAUCAUCGAAGAAUUCGAGCAAUAGUAGUCUGUUCAUUGGUCAUCAACAACAAGAAUCAACAUAUCACAUGCCGUUUCGAUAUUAUUGUAAUACUUUCUGGGAUUCAGAUCAAUACAUAGACGAGAUACCUUCUUCGUACAAAUAUUGGAUAUGUCAGCAUAGUCAAUAUCAAUGUCGAACGGGGCAGUGCAUUCCAGUUGAAUGGGUUUGUGACGGUGAAUGGGAUUGUUCAGAUGCAUCUGAUGAAGAAGCUUUUGUAGUAAUUGAAAAUUCGUCAUUUCACAAUAGAAAUUUGAAAGAUUUAUCUUUGCAGUUAGAAAAAUGUCGCAAACGAUAUUCGACUGCAACAUUUUCGAAAAUCUGCAAUAUGUCUUUGGAGUUUGGUUGUUAUCUAUCUGGUGUUUCAAAUCCUUUAGACAUUCAAUUGAAUCGUCCAUGCAUUAAUCUUACUCAAAUUGGUGAUGGUGUAGAAAAUUGUUAUAAUGCUUACGAUGAAAAAAAUACAUUUAUAUCAAAUUUGAGAGGAGGACGCAUGUGGGGUUUUCAUUUUCGUUGCAAUAAUGAAGAUAUGACCUACCAAGAUGUUUGUAUACAGGGCCGUAACUGCAGCCAGAUGCAUUGCUUAAAUGAUCAAAAUAAUAAUAGAUCAUGCUCUGGCAAGGAAGAUUUCCUUUGUCUCCAUGAUAAUCGUUGCAGGAAGAAUGUGCGAUGCAAUGGAAGUCCUGACUGUUUGCAUGGAGAAGAUGAAUAUUGGUGUCCAUCUGGUAUUCUUAUAGAUAUAACAGGAUAUCGUAUAAGCAAGAAGCAAAUUUCAUUGCAACGCGAUGAAAUUCUUUCUCAAAUAUUCAAUCCCUCUGAAACCACAUUGAACAUCAGUCGACAUCAAUUAUCAGAGUUUAUUAGCAGUCGUAAAAACUAUGAAUAUUCCAAAGUUCAUUCAUAUCAAUGUAAGCGAGGUAUCGCUGUUAUUCAUAUAAAUGAAACACGAUGUUUAUGCCCACCUGCUUAUUAUGGUGACUGGUGUCAAUACUUCAAUGAUCGAAUCAGUAUCAUUGCACGUGUUGAGCACGGAACACAGUCAAAGACAAUAUCAGAUCGUGUAUUCAAAAUUAAAGCCAAUUUUCUUUUUAACCAUAGAAUCAUUUAUCAUCAUGAAUUCUAUGUUUUCCCAAUGCUAGAAAGAAACUAUUUCAUCAAGCAUAAAUUUUAUCUACUUUAUUCACGUUCUUCGGAAAUGCUUGCGCAUAAGCAAAAGCGUUAUUUCAAUCGAAGCGAUGUAAUUCAUGAUCAUCCAUAUUCAAUUCAUUUUGAUGUUUUUGCGUUGAAAGGUGAUAACAAUUUAGAAGAAAUUGGAUCAUGGCAUUAUCCCAUUUAUUUCGACUAUCUACCUGCAUUUCGUUUAGCCGUGGUAUUAAAAGUUCCAUCUUGGUUUGGAAAUUUAACUCUUAAUCCUUAUUCGAAAACGAGUUGCAACAAGAACUCUAUUUGUCUUCCAGUUUUCAAUCAUAACAAUUCUUAUUAUUGUUCGUGCAAAAGUGGUUACUAUGGAAUAAAUUGUAGUAUGUACGAACCUAUUUGUGAGACAUACUGUUCAGCAAAUGCACUCUGUCGGCCCGAUGAUUUCAAUCUACGAACAAGAAAAAGUAGCCCUUAUUGCAUUUGUCCAUUAGAUCAUUUUGGAUUACGUUGCAAUUUGAAAUAUGAAGAUUGUACUUCGAAUCCAUGUUUGAACAAUGGAACUUGUUUCUCUAAUUAUGAUCGAAGUGGUGAGAAUCCUUAUCUGUGCAGAUGUUCAUCGAAAUUCGAUGGAUACAACUGCGAAAAUGAGAAAGUAACUGCUCAUAUUUAUUUGAACAUGACAACAGUGUUACAUAUUCGUGCUGUUGUCGUUCAGUUUUACGACUAUGAUCAUCGUAAUUUGAUGCUUCACAUUUUGGAUCAGCAGAUCUAUACCGAGUUACCGUCGUCAAUCAUAUCCUACCGUUUUAAUGUCGAUGCACCUUCACUUGGAAUUCUCAAACUCUAUGAAGAUCUAUCACAUCCGCAAUAUUUUCUCAUAUAUUUCUUGGAUCAGCAGCAGAAAAUCAAUAUAACUUCAUCGCCACAGCAUUGUCCGCAUGCUGCAAUUUUACGACCAGAAGUUUCAGGAAUCGAUCCAUUUGUCCCGUCUGUUUUCAAAUAUCAUCAUAUCUGUCGAAAUAAGAAUUUAAGUUUCUGUUUUUAUGAUGAAAACUAUUUUUGUAUUUGUCAACAUGAUCGUUACCGUGCUGAAUGCUUUAUCAAAAAUAUCGAACAUGACCGUUGUCACCAAUGUUUUUUAGGAGGAGCAUGUCUGCAAGGCGAUUUAGAAAAUCCCAAAGAUUUCAUUUGUCAUUGUCUACCUUGUUAUCAAGGACAUCGAUGUGAAUUUAGUUUGCAAGCAUUUGGUUUUACUCUCGAUUCACUUCUUGUUAGCUAUUCGAAAAAAGUAAAGAUUGUCUAUGUCGUUAUAGUUGGCCUUCUUUUCAUCAUCGGGUUGUUUAAUAAUUUCUGUUCAUUCAUCACAUUUAAACGGCCUACACCGCGUAAGUUUGGCGUCGGUUAUUAUUUGUUAACUGCAAGCUGUCUCAAUCAAAUUGCUUUGUCCUGUCUGGUUUUCAGAUUCAUUCAAGUUACUCUUGGAUUCGUUGGUGUUGGAUCAUGUAAAGUAAUUUCCUAUCUUCUUUCGGUUAUGACACGAUCAACUUACUGGUUGGCCAGUUGGAUAACUAUUGACCGUCUUCUAAUCAUUCUCUUUCCAACUUCAUCUGCUCUAAAAAAAACCUUGGUUAGCUACUGUAAUUAG